UUCUGGAUUCUUAAGGUGUUAGGUAGGGCCCAGAUCUCUAAGAAGACCUCUCAGAGGAGACUUUGAGCUGACAGGAGAUUUCUCAGCUUCUCCAGUUGGUGGAUUCUUGCCCUGUCCUCACUCUGAUAUCCCCUCACAUCCUGGAGGUCUCUGGGUUGCUCUUGACCCAUCCUGCCCUGGUGGGACUCCUGUGAGAUCACUUCCAUCCCUAGCCCUGGUCUCCGCUCCCACUCCUGGACUAUUUCCCAGCUUUCUUGGCUGUGAACCUAAGGCAAAUCGCUUGCCAUUUCCCUCAUCUACAAAAUAAGAAGAGUAAUUCUCACCUCCUAAAAUUGUUAUGAGGGUUAAAUAAAAUACGUCUACAAAGCGCUAAGCAUAAUUCAUAGCCUAUAGUAAAGGUUCAGUAGGUGAUGGUUAUUUCAAUUCACCCUCUCUCACUGCCCCUUCUUCACUAGCUCUGGGAACCUUUGCCUCUGGGAGCAGGAAAUCGAAUCUGCUGGGUUCCGGGAGUGGAUUAGUUUUGCGUUUCACUUAAUCUGAGAGGCUGUUCCGCAAUCGGAGCCCUUGCAAGGGCCAAACUGAUAUAAAUCUGCUUAGGAAGCCUGAUUCACAGAGGCUGCAGGAUGGAGCUGGGUGCCAGAGCCAAACUGCUAUUGCUGCUGCUGCUACUGCUGCUUCUGCAGGCGACGUGUUUCACGUGUGCACAGGCAGAUGAGCAGAACGGCUACACGGCGGUCAUAGAAGUGACCAACGGAGGUCCCUGGGGCGACUGGGCCUGGCCUGAGAUGUGUCCUCAAGGAUUCAUCGCCAGCGGGUUCUCGCUUAAGGUGGAGCCUCCCCAAGGUGGUCCUGGCGACGACACUGCAUUGAAUGGGAUCAGGCUGCACUGUGCGUGCGGGAACGUCCUAGGAAACGCGCACGCAAUAGAGUCCAAGUCUGGAAGGUGGGGUGAGUGGAGUGAGCCGCUGUGGUGUACGGGCGGCAGCUACCUGGUGGCUUUCUCGUUUCGCGUGGAGGCACCUCACCCCUACGGUGACGACACAGCAGCGAACAACGUGCGCUUCCGCUGUUCAGACGGCGAGGAACUGCAGGGGCCUGGACUGAGCUGGGGAGACUUUGGAAACUGGAGUUCCCCUUGCCCCAAGGGUGUGUGCAGCCUGCAGACCAAGAUCGAGGGGCCUCGAGGCCCCAGCGAUGACACUGCACUGAACGAUGUGCGAUUUUUCUGCUGCCGCAGUUGAGCGUGGCCACUGCCACUCUCUCCUGGGCCAGGAGGCUAGUCCCACCUCCUGCUAUUAAAGCUUCUUCGAGUUGA